AUGUCGGUCCUUUCUUAUAUCACCACAGGGCUGGCAUCCUACUUCACUCUGACUAUAUCGCUAUUCGCUCUUUCCGCAGCCAACGUCCCCAAGGCCGGCUUCAUUGCCAGGUGCCUCUCCUCCUAUGCCUCCCUGAUCGUAUGCGCUACAUAUGGCGUCCUUGCAUCGAUAUUUCUCCGGUUGGUGGGAUACGGACGCGUGUCCCAAUGGGCUACGGCGCGGAGUUUUAAAUGGGUGAUGCGAUUUACAACGGGCGUGCGGUUUGAUAUCAUUGAGGGACAACAAUACUUGUCUACGCGGCCUGCGGUUUUCAUUGGAAACCACCAAACAGAGCUGGAUGUUCUUAUGCUGGGCGCCAUAUUCCCGCCAUACUGCAGCGUCACGGCAAAGAAGUCCUUGAAAUCAAUUCCUUUCCUGGGCUGGUUCAUGGCCCUGUCGGGUACGGUUUUCAUUGACCGAGCGAACCGAGAGACGGCGGUGAAGGCUUUUGAUGGAGCUGCGAAGGAAAUGCAGGAGUACCGACAGAGUGUCUUCAUCUUUCCGGAGGGGACAAGAAGCUAUACAAACAAACCCGAGUUGCUGCCUUACAAAAAGGGCGCUUUCCAUUUAGCUGUCAAGGCCGGUGUUCCCAUUGUGCCGGUGGUGGUGGAAAAUUACGCACAUGUGCUCAACCUUCGGGCUCUUCGCUUCAAUUCUGGUUCGAUCAAGAUCAAAGUGCUACCUCCUAUCGAAACUAAGAACCUCACCCCUGCCAAUGUAGAUCAGCUGACCCACGACACACGUGAGACCAUGUUAAAGGUUCUAACUGAGUUAUCGCAGCAGUCUCAACAGCAGGUCCAUGGUGUAGCUCCCCGAGGGUCCUCAACAGCUGUUGAACUGUAA